AUGAUUGCAAUCGGACUCGAAGGCUCCGCCAACAAACUUGGGGUGGGCAUUAUGCUCCAUCCCGAGGAUGGCAGCACCCCGCGGGUCCUUGCUAAUAUUCGUCACACCUAUGUCUCCCCUCCAGGUGAGGGGUUUCUUCCCAAAGAUACUGCGCGGCAUCAUCGCUCUUGGGUAGUGAAGCUUGUAAAGAGAGCGCUCAGAGAAGCUCGUAUCUCAGUGCGUGAUGUGGACUGCAUCUGCUUUACCAAGGGCCCUGGCAUGGGUGCUCCGCUUCAGAGCGUCGCUGUGGCUGCCCGGACGCUGAGUCUAUUAUGGGGCAAAGAAUUAGUUGGUGUGAACCAUUGUGUUGGACAUAUUGAGAUGGGCAGACUAAUCACUGGCUCCACCAAUCCUGUCGUUCUCUACGUCUCAGGAGGUAACACACAGGUGAUUGCCUACAGUUCGCAAAGGUAUCGGAUCUUCGGCGAAACCCUCGAUAUCGCCGUGGGCAAUUGCCUCGACAGAUUCGCCCGAACAUUGCACAUCUCCAAUGAUCCUGCGCCAGGGUACAACAUUGAGCAACUAGCGAAGAAGGGCACGCAGCUGGUCGAUUUGCCGUACACAGUGAAGGGCAUGGAUUGCUCCUUUUCGGGAAUCCUUGCCGCCAUUGACGGAUUGGCUGCAUCCUACGGCUUGAACGGCGAAGAGAAAGAAGAAGAAGAAGGUGCAGGAGAUGAUUCUAGACCCACACGCGCAGACCUGUGCUUCUCGCUCCAGGAGACUGUGUUUUCCAUGCUCGUUGAGAUUACCGAGCGCGCUAUGGCGCAUGUGGGCUCCAAGGAAGUCCUCAUAGUCGGCGGCGUCGGGUGCAAUGAACGAUUACAGGAGAUGAUGGGAAUCAUGGCUCGCGAUCGCGGUGGUAGUGUCCAUGCGACGGAUGAGAGAUUCUGUAUUGACAAUGGAAUCAUGAUCGCGCAGGCAGGUUUGCUCGCGUACAAGACAGGUUUCCGCACUCCGCUGGAGGAGUCGACUUGUACGCAGCGGUUCCGAACAGACGACGUGUUUGUAAAAUGGAGAGAUUAA